AACUACUGAACAACCGGACUGUGGGGAACUCAAUAGUUUCUAGCCCCGCAUCAUCAUUAUUAUUAUCUAUGGCGUACGUACACGUCACACACAACCACUAGGUGACACAAUUCACCAGUGGAAAAAAAUGGAUUCGCAAGAGGAAUCCGAGUCGAACUACACUUCCCAAAAUGCCCCGCGCUCCGUGGACAAACACAACGACCGACGUAGAAGCCACGUAUGCGCAGUAGCUUCGUGGUGCGCUAUGGUUGCGCAUGCGCAGAGAGGGCUCGGUUGCGCAUGCGCAUCUUCAGAGGGGCGUCCAGGUUUCCCUGUACACAGGAGAGCAAGAUGGCGGCUGAGAAGCUGUGAGAGGAGCGCUGCCCGGACAGGGCUUGAUGGCAGAAUGGAGCAGCCAGAGCUACAGACUGGAUGACGAGAAUUGGGCCCUAACUUUUCCCACCCCGGCCUGGUUUCCGUAGCUUGUCCCAGUCCCCAAAUCUUUCCCACUUUCUCCCACUUACCGUAAUCUAAUCCCUGCAGCAACAAUGAGCUGGCUGAGUAAACUAAACCCUCGGGGGGCUGGCAGCAAGGCAGGGCGAAGUGUCAGUCUCCAACCGCUGCUCACUGCUGAUCCAGAGACCUGUCUGAUGGUUUUCAAGAACCACUGGUCCCAGGUGCUGCGCAUUCUCCAGCGCCACGGCCCCUCCUCAGAGUCAGUAACUGCAGACGACCUGAGCAGCGUGUGUAACAAUACUUACCAGAUGGUCAGCCUUUUGGCCGAGGAGCUGCCACAAGAUGGAGACGGGCCGGGCCCUAUCCUGGCAUAUUUGGCAUCAGAGGGAAUCCUAGAGACAAUCUUGCAGUGGCACCGGCAGCGAGAAUUCACUGAGGACAAAAAGGUGGAGCAGCUGAAGCUGUAUGAGAUGCUCAUCAGCCAAUCCCGCCAGCCCCUGCUACGUUACCAGCCAAUCCUGCGCCCCCUGGUCACACUCCUUAGCACCUUCUCCCCAGGUCCAGCCUCACCUGUGCUUGAGAAUAACCUGGUGCUGCUGCUCAACCAGUUGUGUGUGUGUCUGGCACAGGAACCCUCCACCCUGGAACUUUUCUUCCAAUCUCCCUCUGGUACCAACGACCCUGCCAACCUGAUUAUCUUCUCUCUGCUGGUGCCCUUCAUACACCAUGAGGGAGUGAUUGGGCAGCAGGCACGGGAUGCACUACUCCUUAUCAUGGCCAUGUCAUCAGCAAACCCAACUAUGGCCAAAUACAUCACUGAGAAUUCCUUCUUCUGCCCCAUCCUGGCCACCGGACUCAGUGCCCUGUACUCUUCUCUGCCAAGGAAAAUAGAAGUUCGAGGAGAUGAUUGGCACUUCCUCCGGAGGGAAGACUGGAUUGGUGUUUCAUCCCUUGUCCUGUUCAUGAAUUCCCUGGAAUUUUGCAAUGCCGUAACCCAGGUGGCUCAUCCACUUGUUCAGAACCAGCUGGUGGAAUACAUUCACAAUGGCUUCCUGGUGCCUGUAAUGGGCCCUGCACUGCACAAGACUUCCAUCGAGGAGAUGAUUGCCAGCACAGCCUACCUGGAGCUUUUCCUGCGCAGUAUCAGUGAGACUCCCCUGCUAAAAACCUUCUUGCGCUUUAUCCUAAUACACCGCCAUGACAGCAACACCAUCCUGCACACGCUCAUCAGCCGCAUUGCCAGCAACUCCCGGCUCUGUAUGGUGUCGCUGACUCUGUUCCGCACUCUGCUCAACAUCACCUGUGAGGAUUUCUUACUGCAGCUCGUUCUCAGGUACCUGAUCCCCUGUAACCAUGUGAUGCUGAGCCAGAGGAGGGCCAUCAAGGAGCUAGACCUUUACUCAAAGACUGCAGACAAGUUCCUGUCUCUGAUCCCUCGCUGCUGCCGCAAGGAGAGUCUCUGCCCCCAGGACAGAGAAGAAGAGCAUGCAACUUGGUCUAAAGCUCACGGAAGCCCAAGUAUUGACACUUCUUCAGUCACAACAGUGCCAAAGCCCUCUACCCCCUCCCGUAUGGGCUUCUUCAUGCGCCAGUCCACUGCUACUCCAGAAAGCCCAUCCUCACGAUCCUCUAGCUUCUCUCUGCCAGAUGCAGUCAUUGGUAGCCCACGGCAUGGCUCCCUCUGCUGGGAUGAGGUGGCAGAACUAGAUGGCAAUUACCUGGAAUACCUACAGGAGGCGCGGGCAGCCAUUGAUCGCUGUGUCUAUGCCUGUGGAUCCUGGUCUGCCCCCUAUGAUGGAGAGGAACCCAGCCCCCGCAGCCUAUCGCCCUCUUCACCCGAUGAGGUCACUGUGUCACCUGAUUACUUCUCUCCUCCCCCAUUCAUCAAAUCACAUGAUGGUAAGGAACGGGAGACUCGAAGACACAGUGCCACCCCUCGAACUAAAAAGCGCAGCCUACAGGAGGAGGGAGAUGGGGAGCAGCCCAGCAGCUUGAAUGGAGGAGGGGCUGAGGAACGGCACAUCGAAGGGUCUGUAGAUGGCGCCAGCGUCCCAGUUUUGAAUGGAGCAUUAACAGAGGAACAGGGGUACCUGGGUGCUACACAGAGGGGCCCAGCAAUGGGUGGUCAUUGUGCUGAGGAUGUGGAGGUAAAAAAAGUUAAAAGAGAAUCAGCGGAGGAGCGGGAGAAUUCUCAUGUUGAUUUGAGUAGGCAGCUCCUGGUGUCAGAAAACGGCUCCCAAGAGAAGUCCUAUGGAAAAUCGCAGCCUUGGGGCCAUGUCAAGUGGGAGAAACCAGAAUCCGUUGAUAGUCUGAUAGAAGAGUUGCUGGCCAGGGCUCCAGCUGAGACUAAUGGGGCUCAUAUAAACAUUGAGAAGCUUGGGGAGGAACUGGGGGAGAUGGAGAACAACAUAAGGGAGGCUGCAAGGCAAGAAGAACUGGAGUCCGAGCAGCACCAGAUUCCAACUGAGCAGGAGGAAGAGGAUGUGGAGUACCAAAGACGUGAAACCAAGAGCCGAGCAGACUCCUUGUCACUGAUACUUAGCAGCCCUCUUAGAGCACAAAAUGGCGGCCAACCCUUUACUGGGCCAUUUAUUGGGGUGCUGUUUGCCAAGCUGGAGACCAUGCUGCAGAAUUCUCUGUAUGUGAACUUCUUGCUGACUGGGAUCAUCACCCAACUGGCCUGUCACCCGCAGCCUCUGCUCCGCUCAUUCCUGCUCAACACAAACAUGGUUUUCCAACCUAGCGUCAAGUCCCUGGUGCAAGUGCUGGGCUCCGUUAAGAACAAGAUUGAGGCCUUUGCAGCCUCCCAGGAAGAUUUCCCCACCCUUCUAUUUAAGGCCAAGAAGUUCCUGAUUGCCCGGGGGAAACUGGACUGGAGUGAAAAACAGAUGUCUGUUCCUGCCCUGCGUCGCUCCGACACUCUGGUAAAGAGCCGCAAGCCGUCCAUUGGGGAGCUGAUCCUGCGCCAUACUAACAGUCCCACUCGGGCUCGGCAGGCGGCACAGUUGGCAUUUCAGCAGGUGAGGGAUGGGCAGGUCCUACACGCUCUCUCUGGAUCCUCCAUAUUUAAGAGCUCUGCAGAGAAACAGAACGAGGCCCUGCGAGUGAAGAAUGCCGUGUACUGCGCCGUCAUAUUCACAGAGUUCAUGAAAGAACUGGCGGCCAUAGCUCAGGAGCAUGCAGUCACUUCUCCCUAUCUGCUGGGGGAAGCUGAAGAGUGACGCACCAAAGGACUUCCUGUUUAAUCACAUGAUCUCACAGUAUCUGUUGGGGGAAGCUGAAGAGUGACACACCAAAGGACUUCCUGUUUAGUCACACGAUCUCAAGUUAAAAGGCCGUCUCGUGAGUCAUGUCUUUGUGUCAGAUAUGGAGAGACCACUGGCCCAAAGGAAUUUGUACAGGGCAAGCUAGGAACCCACAUUUCCUGUUUCUGAGGAGAGACAAGACCGGAACCUUCCUUCUUGUACUUGUAGUCCUGGAGGAACUGACACAAGAUGGAGGCACAGGAAGUGACCGUCUCUUCCUGCUGUUGAUUCUCAUGGCGGGAUCCUCCUCACUUUACAGCUCUGCUUACAAAAAGGGACCCACGGGAUUGAGUGGAAAUUUCCAGGAGUUUGUCAUUGUCCACUGGGAAUUCUCUGUAGCCACAGGCUACUAUGGGAUAGACAAGCGCAUCCCACUACCUGCACACUUGAUUCAGGACCUGCUCUCUCUUUCUGAAAUCCAGUCUCCGCCCCUCUCAGCAAUUCAGCCUUUUGUACCAAUCAAGAGGAGCAGAGUCCGGGGGGGGGGAGCAUUUUUUAACUUAUUUUAAAGAAAAGAUUGUGUUUUAAUUGUUCUUGUGUGUGUAUAUAUAUAUGUGUAUGUACAUGUGUAUAUAUUUAUAUACUCUCUGCGCAUAUACUGCCCCAGAACACUGAGUACAUUCACUACGUGCCCACGUUUCAUCUCUCUCUCUCUCUCUCUCUCUCUCUCUCUCUCUCUCUCCCUCUCUCUCUCUCUCUCUAUCGCCAAUUUAUUCAGUGGAAUCAUGUCUGGGGCCCCACUGGGGGAGGUUCUAGCUCUGUCUCGUCUCAUUGUUUCAGUGUACAUUCACUUUAUAAACACAGUACUUCUAGGGAGGCCCCCUGUUAUCUGCUCCCAGUUGCACUGCAGUUAGGAGCUCAAGCUCAUCCCCAUCUACUCAGCCUUUAUUUUGGGGCAGCCGUUAAAUUCUUAUGUUGUGGGUUGGGCCAGUCUCACAGGGGAUUAUGGGGUUUCCUAUGUGCAUGUAUCAUUGGGACUCACACUGGUGUUACAUGCGCACUCCACAUAUUGGACUUCCAUUCAAAUUGUUUAUUUUUACCUGUUUCCAUCUUCUUUGUGCAUCACAUUUACACUGGGAAAUGCCCCCCCCCAAUUCACAGUGAGUGACUCCUGCACCCAGAUAGUUACAGCCCCAAUUGUAAGGGAGGGAGGGGCUAGGACUUACCUGGGCAGGUUAGUGGCAGAUGGAGGCAGUUAGCAACGAGCCCUUAUGUGGGUGCGACCCAUUCUCAGCCUCAAUGUUUAUUUGCCAAAGUGUUUUGUUUCCAAAUAUCUCAGCACACGGGUCGCCAAAUAUUGGGCAAGUGGUGCCGCUGUCUGUUAGUAGAUCUGUGCACCAGUGUAGUGUACAGACUUAUUCCCCUUUUAAUCCUUUAAUUGGUAUUUUAUUCAUUUUUUUAUAUUUUGCCUUUUUUUAGCCUAAAACAAUUCAUCUUAAUAUCUGGGGGACUGUUAGACAUUGGGGAUUUUAGCUUCUCAUAUAUUUAUAUAUAACAAACUGGCUCAAUGGGCAGCUCACAAUCCAACGUGAACAAAAUAUGGACCAAAAGCUGAAAAUCCGUCGCAGUUUGUACCUUUUAUUUCUUUGAUUUUUCCCUGCAAAGUGCCACGCCUUCCCUGCCUGUCAGGCCCCGCCCUUAUUCUGCCCAUGCUCCUCCUCCUUCAGCUCCCAAUUUUUUUUUCUAUCACUAUUAAAUAUGUCCCCCUCCUGCCCAUGUGUGACUUCCCCCCGCAGCACCCCACAUUUGGCUCAGUAGUAAUGACUAUACAACAGUAAGUGCAGUGUGUUAUAGGGGAAUGUGGGAGCCCAAACCAUUGUGAGAGCCCAAUUGACUGAGCCACAAGGAAGGCUGAAACUGCAGGCUGUGUCCAUUUCCUUAUGAGAAAAGCUAGAGGGCCACAUAGUUGUCAGAGGGGUGGCCUAGCAGGGGGAGUGAUCUGCCAUUAUUCAGGGGACUGGCCAAGCAGUUCUGGCUUAGUUGCUGGGAGUUAUAGUUUGUAGGAGCCCCAGCAGUGUGUCUUCUCCCUACAUUUAUCUCAUGGAGCCGAGGAGCUUGCGAUUAGCUUAUAAGAAAUAUCUGUGACCUAAUUGCUGCUGUUUGUCUCUGUGUCUGGUCCAUUUGGCUUUAAUACUCCCUGUACCUCUUUCUGUAUCCGUCUGUCUGUCUGUCCGUUCCCCUGUCCAUACCUCUGUCUUUACAGGAAGCUGCAGUUUCAUAUUUUACUUUUUUUAUUGUGUGUGUGUUCUCAUGCCAUUGGGGGGCCCUGCUCUGGGGGGCCCUGCUCUGUGCGACCCCUCACUUUGCACAUUGACUUAAUGAGAUUUGUAAAUACUACAUUGAUUUUAUAUUUGUUUUUUUUUUUUGUGCUGCCAAAUGUUUGUUUUUAUUGGUGGGGGCCCCCUGCUAGAGCAGCAAAUGUGCCCCCAGUACGGUCGUAGAACUUUGCCGCUGCUCAGACCCCCCCCCCCCGACUCUGCGCCGCUCUCAUAUUCAGCUGCUUAUUUGCAUGACUCAAACUAUAUUUUGUUGUAAUUUAAAAAAGGGAAUGUGUAAUUAGUUCCUGCUCAUCACUGUCCCCGCCCCCUUUCUUUGCUGUUCCCACUCUUUUUUGAGCCAUUGGCCGGCCGUUGUUAAGCUGGUCUCUGCUUGCCCCGCUGCUGUGCCGCUAUUAGUGCUCGUGGGAUUGGCAGUCAAAUUAAAUUCUGAUUGAAUGUGUUUUCCUAUUGGAUGAAAUCUGACCCUCUCUUGUGGAAGGGGCAAAGCAUGGAAGAGGGCGGCACCCAGCAGUGAAUUAAAGACAAGGGUGCCAUGUUAAAGGGACGGCUCUCCUUCCUUCUCUCCCAUCUCUGAUUGGCUGAUCUCUGCCUUCAAGGUGGGAAAAGAAAGGGAACGUUUUAUCUUAUUCCAGCCGAUUAAAGGGAAAGUCUCAGGGCAGAACUGGUGGCACCAUUUUGUGUCUUCUCAUAUGGAAACACAUCAGUAGUGGUGGGAAGUGGAACUGCAAGUGAUAAAACUAUGUGGAGAGAUUUAUACUGUGUAUCUGUGUAAGAGCCGAUACUUGUCCUUUAAUCAGUUUGGUGACAGUGUUGGGCACAUGAGGAAUGUGCCACUGAGCAGUGUCUAUUAGCCCAUCCCAUUGGUUGGUUGCCCGGCUGUCACGUCAUUGUGAGGCCCUCGUGUCACAGUAACGGAAACUGCAACAUCCAAUAAAUUCAUCAGAUAUUUGCA